AUGCGCACUGAUGAAGUCAACGAGGACUCGUCGAAAGCACCACAAGACACUCCUCGACGAGAACGUGGAUCAGACGAGCUGAGCGAAAACUCCUCUAAAAAUAAGAAAAAUUCCAAGCGAGAGAGGGGCGGCAAGAGGACUAGUAGAAAAAAGCAAAAUGCUGCUCGUUUUCCGAAAAAGUCAGAUGAUGAUAGAACGGUGAUACGCACUUCCGAAAACAAAGAAGACAUUGGACCAGACCAGCCAAAGAUACGAAUCAAGCAACGCGAGCGAGAGAACUCAACCUCAAAUGAGCAACCUCAGCAACAAAAACUGAAGCCUAAACAAGUGAAGAACUAUCUACGCGCCGAGCUGCUUCAAUUCGAGCUACACCGGUUGAGAGAGAUGGAAUCACGUACGCAGAUAAAGCAGAAACCCACAAGAAUGAUGAAGAAAAAAGAGAGAAGAAGAAAGGCAAAGGAACGUCGAGACAAUCCGCCAAAGUUGACAUCUUACAGCAAUCCAAGUAUAUCAAAGGAUGAUGAGUUCAUUUUCGUCCAUCUAGCUGCUUAUAUGCUAAAAAAUGAUCGACAGUAUAUUCCUGCGCUCUUCAAAGGCUCCGAGAAAUACAACACAGUUUCCGAUGCCUACGCACUGCACGACUUCAGAACUCAUCACAUUGACACGGAAGGUCCCGAAGACAGCCCAUCUUAUAGCUGCAAACUAUGUUUGAUCGACUUCCCAAAUCGCGAAAACGCCCUUCACCACUGCUACAAAGAUAGUUACCACAAACUUUUGAAGACAAAAGUUUUGGAAUUGGAUGUAGCUAAGCUGGCGGCAAGUAAAUUCCCGCUUGAUCAAAAUCCUGAUAGAUUGGCAAUGCUCAAUGCGGAGUUGAACAGUCUGUUAGACAAUAGACUGAAUUCUGUUGACUUUAACAAACGAUCAGAUUGUUUUGAGAGGAUUGCAGCAAUUUUAAAGAAGUUUCUUCCUGAUAUUAAUGUCCAACUCUAUGGAUCUACCGCCUAUAAAGCCGUGCUAGAAUCAUCAGACAUCAAUAUUUGCGUCUCGAGAGAAAGAACCCGUGCAAAUACUCUCCUCAGCCAGAUAUUCUACUUCCUACAUGACCUUUCAAACGACCCAGAUGCGAACCUAAAAUCAGUAAAGAACACUUUUUAUGCGCCACAGGCUGGAUCAACCUUUAUGCCGAACGUUGCCGCUAUCGACUGUGAAACUGGUGUCAAAUUCACAAUCAUUGGAGCUGAUCAUGCUAGAACCUCGCGCAUAAAAACUGCCAAUUUGAUAAACUUUUACUUGACCUACGAGCCGAAAAUACAAAAACUGGCGCUGAUCUUCAGGCAGUGGGCCAACUGGUGUGGCCUUGAUGAACCUGAUAACGGAACUUUGCCAGCAUUUACUCUUGUUAUUUGUGUCAUUUACUUCUUCCAGAGAAGAGGAUGGGUUCCAAUUCUUAACGAAAAAACAGAUUGCAACCUCGUUAAUAUUCCUUAUCGAUUCGAAGAUGGAAAAUGCUUCAUUCGACGAUUAAAGUCAUCUGCUUCCUCAAAUUUUUCAAGUAAAUCCAGUCAAAAAUCUUCUGCAACGAAUAGUCCGCCAGUUGAGAAAACAACCAAAAGUCAACCAAAAAGUUCCGACGAAAGAGAAGAAGCAAAUAAUGAAGAUGAAAGCUCCGGAUUAUCAUCUGACGAAGAAGAGUCCCGAGAACUGAUCUUUGAGGAUGAUACAAUAGACUCUGAGCCGCCAACGAUCGAAAGCACAUCGGAACCUCCUACGAUCGAGCAAGAAACACCAACUAUCGAAGCUAAAACAGAAGAGGGUAGUGAAGAAGCAGAAUUAGAGGAUGAAGAGUCUCUCUUAGAGGCUUCUCAGGUGCCUGAAAGUAUGUGUCUCGCGAGACUACUUGUUGAUCUCCUUGAAUUUUACGCAUACGAACUUAACUACGAAAAAGAACUGAUUUCCAUCAUCGACCAAACUGCGACGAGAUCAUCGCUGAAUAUGGGUGUCAGGCGGAUAGCCAUUCAAGAUCCCUACUCUCCAGUGAGGAAUGCUGCUAGAACUCUCACCGGACAAGGAAACUUUGAGUUUUGGAAAGCAAGGCUUCGAGUUGCCUAUGGCAGGCUCUUUAUCGGUCCCAAUGAGUUGCGAAAGAUGAUCCAUGCGAAUAAAUUUGGGCAUUUGAAACCCCGAGAAGAAAGAUUUGAUAUUAUCAGGGAAAGCAGCGAUAACAAAUUGAUCGAAGUAAAAUCUGACGCUGGAUUAGAGGUUUUCGUUGAAGAUGGAGAAAGCGAGCUGACCGACAGGGUACGCAAAAUGAGUAUAGAGACUGACCAGGAAAAGAAACGUUCCGUGAAACUCAACCCAAGAUUGCUCAAUCAUAUCAACAAGUAUAUCGCGUCUGACAAGAGUAGAACACCUUCGCCAAGGACUUCCCCGCGAUCAGAAACUACUUCUCCGAUUUUAUGUUCAGAAACACUAGAAUCGAAGAUCGAAAAAAAUCAGUUAUCAUCCCCAGAAAAUGGUGAGAAUACUCCAAGAGCAUCCGAAGAGUCGACACUUGAAGAAAGCGAAUCGAAAGUGUACUCGGAUCCCGAAGAUGAAUUCAAAGAUUCCGAAGAAGAGCCGUCUGAGGAUGAUUCUGAUGGUAGUGAAUCAAAUAACAGUGAAAUUGAUGACGAUAUGAUUGAUUCAGCGAAGAAUAAAGUGAAAAAGAUGGUAAAAAAAGAACAAGAUCCUAUUUUCAAGCGCAUGACUGCUGUCUUUGACCAAGAGUGCGUGGCUGGAGGUCCUCUUCCGAAACGACAGUGCAUUCAUUGCCGGUCAGACGAGCACGCAAGUGACGCUUGCCCAGAUGACAUCGACCGAGUCCGUCUCGAGCGUCUUCCAGAGAUGAAAACACAGGACUACGCCUGGCUUGACGGAGUAUUGAUGAGAGUAUUUGCAAGAAAGAAACCCGCUGAUAGAGAAAUACACACAAGAGAGCGUGCGCUCAAAUUCAUUCAAAACUUCAUGGAGAUGAACUACGACAAGAACUCGAGAUUGGAGCUCUUUGGCUCGAGCAGGAAUGGUUUUGGAUUUUCUGGUUCUGAUUUAGAUAUUUGCUUGACGUUUGCAGGACACGAUACGGAACCGCCAGAAAUCUACAGCGACCCGGUUGAAGUCAUUAAGAGUAUUGCCCAAGCCUUCAAAACCAACACUGUCUUCUCCAAUAUUGUUGCCAUCACUCAAGCCAAAGUGCCAAUUGUGAAGUUCGACUUGCAUUUAGCUGAUCAUAUCAAGUUCGAGGCAGAUAUUUCGUAUUAUAAUGUUCUUGCAAAAAGAAAUACGAAACUGUUGAGAACUUAUUGCUUGUUGGAUCGAAGAUGUGAAAUUCUUGGUUAUCUUGUAAAAGCAAUGGUGAAAGAAAUCGGAAUCGGCGAUGCUAGUAGGGGAUCCUUGAGCUCUUAUGCUUACAUUUUGAUGGUGAUUCACUUCCUGCAACACGAAGGCGUUCUCCCAGUGCUUCAAGAGCUGCACAAAGGCGACGAAAGACCCUCAUACAUUGUCGAAGGCUAUAAUACUUGGUUUCAGGAAGAUCCACUUGUCAUUGCAGAAUUUAUGAAUAAUCGAUCAGACUCUCAGAUCAACGACUGUCUAUCGAAACUUUGGGUCAAGUUCUUGAGAUAUUACACUGAAGACUUCAACUUUGAAAGAGAUGUUGUCCAGUGCCAGAUGAGUGGACGACUGUCACUCUUCGAGAAGGAAUGGACCUCGAAAUGCAUUUCCAUUGAAGAUCCCUUCGACCACAACCACAAUUUGGGCGCAGGAGUUUCUCGAAAAAUGGCAAAUUUCAUCAUCUCUGUCCUACGAAGAGCCAGGCAUGUCUUCGGAUCAUUCGAUAUCUCCAUGUAUACACGAAUGAUAAUUCCACACAUGGCUCCAGAUCUCAAUGUCGAUAUAUUCUGCGACAUUUUGCUGAGUAAAGCGCUACUCACAAACGGCGAAGAGGUUCCUAACGAUCGUUGCUGCAGAAUUUGUGGCAAAAUUGGUCAUUUUAUCAAAGACUGCCCAAUGUCAGCGAAAAACCGUCGUCUUGCCGAGAAAAAUGGCCAAGUAGUUGAAACUCCACCUCGACCAUGCUUUGUUUGUAACGAAGUCGGCCAUAUGAAAAAAGACUGCCCACUCAAGAAUCGCCAGAAUCAACGGCAACAACGAAAUUCCAGAAAUCAUGAUCGCCUGGAAAACGCGCCUAAGCAUGACUUGGAUAAAAGACAUCAAAAUCAAAAUCAUUACCAACAUGACAUCCGCUUCAAGAAUUACAAUCAGAGACGUUUCGACGGGGAUCGCCAGGUACAUUGCAGCCCUGAUUACAACAGAGGAACUAAAAAGCAUGGUCAGCUUGCGAUGCAACAACACCAAAGUCACAUGUCGCCUUUGGCAAAUCAAAGCGGAGUGCUACUCAAUCACAACCUCUCCCAGCUAAAAUUCGAGCACGGAAAUGAUUUGAACUCGACUGUCAACAGACUAAACCGAGCUGAAUCUCAGUACUAUCAGAACGUCAGAAACACGAUGCAAAUGUACCAAAACUACCAAGCUCGUCAGCGUGCCGAAUCAGACCUUCAUCACGGCCACCGCGGCCAACACUCCACCCCUGACCGAUCAUCGCGAUCACGCACCAACACCGAUUGA